AUGAAACAAAAAAGCUCCAUCGGUGCUCCUGCCCAACAUAAUCAGUCCAGUCGGAAGGGGAAGAAAGCCUGGAGAAAAAAUGUUGACCUUGGAGACAUUGAGGAAGGCAUGGAGGGAUUGCGGGCGGAAGAAAGAAUCACAGGGUCGAUCCUGCAAAAGAAGACGAACGACGAAUUAUUCCAGGUCGAUGUGAAGGGAGAUGAACGUGUUCGAAGAUCCGUUCCCAAGUUCUCCACCUCCCUCCUGACUUCAACUAAAAUCCUCUCACAACGCUCCGCUGUUCCUGCCGUCUACUCGCGCCCUACCGCUUCAAAGAAGAGAACCGCUCUCACACAUGAAGAGAAGGGGAGACUGCUCCGGAUGGGCAAGAGGCCUAGUAGAGGUCCUUUCAAUGCAAUAAUGGACCCGACGGAAUUUGGAGCCGGAAGUGCGAUGCUCGAGGUGAGUGAAGCUGUGAGGGAGAGUGGGCGUUACAAUGUGUGGGGAGAGCAAGAUGUAGAUUUCGCCGUCAAAGCCAAGCAUCCGAGAACUCCUCAUCCCCGUUCCUCAAUUGCACUACCAGCCGUCCCUUCUCCACAUGAAGGGACGUCAUACAACCCGCUUGUCACUUCGCACCUGGACCUUUUGCGGACAGCGCAUGAGAUUGAAGAACGCCGUCUGCGAGAAGCGUCAAAAUUGGAGGAGACAAAGGAAAAGAUUGAAAAGGGACGUCAGACUGCAGCUUUUGCAGAGAUUGACGGCGUAGCCUCGGGGAUGAAGGUGGAUGAUUCGAAUGCCGACGAUACUGUGGAUUCCACAGCGCGGGAGCCAGACUCGGAAGCUCGACCUGUGAAGAAGGUUCCGGAUAGGAAGACAAAGCAACAGAGGAGAAAGGCCGACCGUCUGCGUGCGGAGAGACGCGCGAUCGCUGAUAAAAUUGCCAAAAAGCGCAUGCUCGCCUCUGUUGACUCGGCGAGAGCGUUCAGGAAAGCUCUCAGCAGAAACCUUGCUGUACAGGAGCGGCUGCGUGCACAACGCCAGGCAGUGAUGGAGGAAGAGCUUAAGAAGGGGCUGGCGGGCAAGAAGUUAGGGAAACACAAAGUACCCGAGGGUGAAGUAGAGGUACAACUCAGUGAGGAUCUCAGUGAGAGCUUAAGGGCAUUAAAGCCCGAAGGCAACCUAUUCCGCGAUCGUUUCCUCAGCAUGCAACAUCGCGCUCUUAUUGAGCCCCGUGUACCUGUCUUACCGAAGAGGCGUAGGACGAGGAUUAAGGAAUAUGAGAAGCACGCCUUUAAGCGAUUUGAUAGGGAUCAAUGA